CGGCCGCCGGUGGGGUCCGGAAGCCCCGGGGCGAGAUUUCGGUCCGAGCCCAAAGUGGGGGUGUGAGGCCAGGAGAGCGGUUCCCUGUGGAAAGUAUAGGGUACUGUAGGAUUCAUGGAAAACUUCUGCGCCGAUGCCUGGCGGUGCCCUCCGACCUGCCGUCAAAAGAUUCAGGAAGAGGACCUCUGAGACUGGGGGGAAAUCCAAGACCCCCGGUGGAGUUGGGGUGUGUGGGAACCGGUGAAGAACCCCCCCCCCCCUUUUUGAAUGAAGCGCCGGACUCACUGCCCCUGACCCCACCCUCAUGGAAUUCUCUCCCUCUUUCAAAAAAAAAAAUGGCAGUUGAACCUCACUGGCCCCUCAAGGGAGGCUGGGUGCUGCUACUCCCCCACUGUCGUUUUUCUUGUUUUGUUUUGUUUUGUUUUGUUGCUACCUUUUCUCUUUCGGCUUCACCUUCACGAAAAGGCUUUCCUUACCUACCAUUGGGUGAGACAGAGGGUGUACCCAGUACUGCUAUCCGAGAAAUAUCUCUGCUUAAGGAGCUCAACCAUCCGAAUAUUGUCAAGCUGCUAGAUGUCAUCCACACAGAAAACAAACUUUACCUGGUUUUUGAAUUUCUACACCAGGAUCUCAAGAAAUUCAUGGAUGCCUCUGCUAUCACUGGCAUUCCUCUUCCACUCAUCAAGAGUUAUCUGUUCCAGCUGCUCCAGGGCCUAGCUUUCUGCCAUUCUCAUCGAGUCCUACACAGAGACCUCAAGCCUCAAAAUCUGCUUAUCAACGCAGAGGGGUCUAUCAAGCUAGCAGACUUCGGACUAGCCAGAGCCUUUGGAGUCCCUGUUCGUACUUACACCCAUGAGGUGGUGACCUUGUGGUACCGAGCACCUGAAAUCCUUCUGGGCUGCAAAUACUACUCCACAGCUGUGGACAUCUGGAGCCUGGGCUGCAUCUUUGCUGAGAUGCACCUAGUGUGUACCCAGCACCAUGCUAAGUGCUGUGGGGAACACAGAAGAAAUGGAAGACACAGUCUCUGCCCGCUGUGCUCCUAUCUAGAAGUGGCUGCAUCACAAGGAGGGGGGAUGACCGCAGUGUCUACCCCACACCCCGUGACUCGCAGGGCCCUAUUCCCUGGAGAUUCUGAAAUUGACCAACUCUUCCGGAUCUUUCGGACUCUGGGGACACCAGAUGAAGUGGUUUGGCCAGGAGUUACUUCUAUGCCUGACUAUAAGCCAAGUUUCCCCAAGUGGGCCCGGCAAGAAUUUAGCAAAGUUGUGCCUCCCCUGGAUGAAGAUGGACGGAGUCUGCUGUCGCAAAUGCUGCACUACGACCCUAACAAGCGGAUUUCAGCAAAGGCAGCUCUGGCUCACCCUUUCUUCCAGGAUGUUACCAAGCCAGUACCACACCUUCGACUCUGAUGGCCUCCCCCACACCCCUACUCCAACUCUCACCCUCUCUUCCAGCAGGGGUCUGAUCUGGCUUAGACCGGGGCUAUUUGCCCUCUGAUCUUGCCUGUCUGCCUUAGCCAUUUAUCUUCCCUUCUUAGCCAGAUGAACCUGGGGGCCCAGGGGGUGGAGGAAAGAAGUAGAUGAAAAUGAAAGGGAACUUCAGUAUUAGAUGCACUUAAGUCAGCCUCCACCACCCUCUCUACCUCUUUUUAAUCUGCUGAGGAGGGCUGGUAUUUAAAAAAGAAAGAAGCUUUUCCCUCCCCUCAUUUACAAUUUGCCAUCCCAAUUGCCUCACAAUUAUUACUUCCUGCAUUUGGGAUGAAAGAGACCCUAAGUCUCUCACAGUCUCUAUAUGUGUAAGGUCAGCUGAUAGCAAGAGAGCUAAAUUGGAACUUUUGAACAUUGACAGAAACAGAGAUAUAAAAAAAGGCUUUUGCUUGAAGGAAUUGGGUUGAAAAAAAAUCUAUAAUCAGUUUAUACCUUAGCUUUAGUGAUUCAUCUCACCUGUUCGGGAAACACAAGACUCAAUUCUGGUGGGACUGCAGUAGAAACAACUGCUCCUGGUCCCCUGUCUGUCCCAUCCUAUGGGAAUCUGGAACAGGGAUUAUAUGUCAUUUGAGGUUUUAUGAAGAAAGUGAAAGACUGAAAUUUUCUUACUUUUUUUAAAGAUCUUUAAUUCUUCAGACACCAGGAAUAUCUGCCCCUAUCUUCCUCUGAAGGCCAACCAUAGGAGUGGAAAUUAGAGGUUAGACAUUAUUUUGAGGAUGUGGACAUAUUUAGUCCUGGGAGUGAGGGGCAUUGGAGAAAAAUAUUUCUUUAAAAGGAGGAACAAUUAUAUUUAUAUUACAGGUUAUAGGUUUUUGGUUUUUUUAAGUGGGAGUGGGUGUAUUUGUUGUUAUGUGCACCUUGGGCUUUUGUAAUGCAAAUGUUAAAAAAAAGAGUAUUUUUUCUUAUGAUUUUUGUCUCUCCCACCCCUUGUCCUUGAGUGUUCUUGCUCUUAAUGUUAUUUGUAAUUUAGUUUGCAAUUCAUUAAAAAAUGUUCCUAUUUUACAGUUCA